AUUUUUGAUGGUUAACUAUGUAUAGUUUUUAAUUUUGGUAGUUGUUAAACCGCACGCCAUUUUUUUUUAUCUCAAAUUAAAACUAAUUCCAUAAAAAUGUUAAUACCCAAAUGUUUCACAAGGAGUUGCUUUGAAGUCAAUUUAAUAUAUUAAAAGUUAAAAUUAUGUCAUGGUCAAGAGUGGUAUGGAAGGAGUCAUUAAGGGAAGAAGAAAUGACCAUUCCUACCACCUGGAUUAUAGAAAACAAUGUUUGUUGGCCAAUAGGCAUUAAUGUUGUUCGAGCUUGUUUGCAGCAAUGGCCACCGAAGGACGACUGGAUCAAAUAUCCAAUUAUAAAAGUUAAGAUUCAAUCAGAUGACAAAAGUUUAUGUGAUGGCUUUGAUUUCACAUCUGACGAAGAAAAUGAAGAGUUGCAUAAUCUAAAAAAGCGCAAAAUUCCAAUUGCUGCUAAAAGAAAAUGUGUUUCUCCUAUUGCACAAUCACAAUACCAACAACCGUUUAAAACUCCUAUUGCUUUGAUUCAUUCUUUGUCCCCAACUGCAUCACAAUCCUCAUUCUUUUUAUCUUCUACCAAUCAGGAAAAUACCAUUUCUCCUGUAAUUUUACACCCAAUUCAUCAACAUCCACUACAAUCAAAAAUACCUCGGAGAAUUUUAAGGACAUCCUUGUUAUCGCAGCUAAAUUCUCCAUUUAAAACAACUGUUUCAAAAAGGGAUCAGCAAGAAAGAACAAAAAAUUUGAAUAUAGCAUUAAACAAGUUUCCAUUAACUGAAGCAAGUAUGCAAGAAUUUAUAUUUAAAAGUUCUUACAUUAUGCCUAACAAUAUUGCAAUGUUGUUCUUAUAUAUGUUGAAUGUUUUUAUAUUAGUUUUAAUAAAUAUUAAUUUUUUCAUAUAUAAAGAUGAUGUAAAGCAAAAGUUUUGAAAUGACAUUUUUCUU